GUUGACAAAUGUUAAUGUUGAGUCGAGUUAUUUCUUGUGUAUUUCAAUUCAAUGUAGUUGAAUUGAUCGUAGAUUUGCGUAGGUAUUGUUGCAAAUAGUACAAUAUGAAGAGCGGAAAGUUGUUUGUAUUAUUAAGUACAAUCUAAAGUGCCGCAUCUAGAUCUAAAAGAUGGAAGUUGAAGAUGUAAUUGAGUUGGGUUCUUCAGACGAUGAGGCUGAACCUCCGGCAGCUAAAAAAAUUAAACCUCUUCCAAAUGCCAUGGUUCAUAUUCCCAGUAAAAUCCGGGACGUCACAAUAAACCCUGUGUCAUGUCAUAAUAACAAGCUGUCUAGAAAAUUACUAUCGAGAGCGCCCAAUCAAAUACCAAUUAUCACAAUGUCACGUACAAAUGUCAAUGCUCGGCAAAACAAGCCAAAUGGAAGAUGUUUACAAAAAAUAACACCACAGUCUCUUAGCCGAAACCUGAUGACAGACAAACCAUUGCAUAGCGAAAACAGACUGAACAGUUACCCAAUAAAAGUUAUACCUUUUAAACAACCAAAAGUUGGACAUUGCAAUUCGGGAGGUCAAAGGCCAAGAGGGCAAGGGAUAUCACCAAAGUUAAUAAGUAGCUUACCACCAAGCAUUACAGUUACAAAGACUCAUGGAGGAAGUAGUUCACCAAUUGGAAUGUUGAAAAACAAAAUAAGAGUUAAUAAAGAUUUGGCAAAUAAUAUAUUUGGACAAUCCAUAAACAAUAUCAAUCCCUUUAGUUGUUUAGGUGAAAUCCCUACUGUAGAACUUGAUGAUGAUGAAAAUACAUCUUCUGUGGAUAACAGUAGUCCGGCUCAGUGGUAUAUGCGGCCUGAAGAACAAGUGGAAAAGAAUGAGCUUGAAGAUGAGAACAAUAGCGAACCUAAAGCGAAAGAUAUGAUAGAAAUUACAAUAGAAGAUAGUCCUGUAAAGCCUUGUCCACUAGAACAAGCUAAAAAUGAUUCACUAUCUAUAACGAUCGAGGACAGCCCUAUUAAAGUUAUAAAUAAAUCUUCUAAUAAAGCAGACAUUGGUAGUGACAGUGAACAAGUUACGCCCAUGAGCCCUAAUAGUAAGAAAAAAUUGGAAUAUCCUGAAGCAGAAACAAGUAUUAAAGUUUCAAUGGAAAUAGACAAUGAAAAUGUGAUUGAAAGUGAACCUAAAGAGAUAGAAGAUAGAGAUGUGAUUGAAUUGGCCGAUGCAACAAAAACAAAGGACAAAGAUGGUGAGAUAAAUGUUGAUGAAACUGUAACAUCAUCAGCUGAUAUGGAAGUUAAUGACACAACUCAAAAGGAUGUAUCUCCGAAAAAAGAUAAUUUAGUUGAGAAUAGUAAUGAAGUAGAAAACAAAUCUAAUAAUAAGGAUACUAUGCAUGUUAGUAAUGAAAGCUCCGGUGAAUUCCAUUCAAUAUUUCAAGAAUUUAUGGAUUUAUGCCUUGAAAUAGAUAAAUCGGAAGAUAUGAAAACAAUCAUUGAGAAAAGAAUUAAAACAUACAGUAGACAAGUACCUAAAGAAUUUGUUGAAUCGGAACUAUUUCUGGACAUGGUGUCCACAAAAAUAACAUUAAUAAAAUCUGAAUCAUUCAAAAUUUACUUGCAUAUUAAAGAUAUUGUUGAUGAAUUAAAAUUGCACAGGACAAGAAAAAAAACAACACCUUUAUUGAAUGAAAAUAAUCCAGUUGAAGAUGUAGAUGAUUAUUAUGAUAAAUAUAGUCGUAAACGUCGGGUGCAAAUUCGUAAGUUGGAGAAAACUUUAAAGAAACUGGAACGGGCAAUAAACAAAUUAGACGAACAAGAAGUUGAUUUCGACGAUGAAGAAGAUUCUGUAUAUUUAUUAAAUGACAGGUACAAAGAGAGAUUUGUGCGGACUUAUGCGAAAUUAUGCCAAUUAACCGAUACUAAAAUGUUAACGGAGCCUCGUAUUGUGAUUGAAUGUCGACCUGGUCAGCCGCCAGGGCCUGCUAAAAAGCUUGAGAAGUGGAUUAACAAAAAAGUACCAAUAGGAAGUACACUCCCUUUUCCUGACUUUCAUGAUGUUAUGAAAUGUGUAAGAGAGGCUAAUAACGAAGAUAAACUCGGAUGGAAUGAAGCUGAUAUUAUGGAUGAAGCUCGCGAUCUUUUUACAAGGUGUGGUAAGAAGUUGCAACGUCGGAGACAGGAAAAUGAAUGGCGGCUAGCGGCUUCCCGGAUCACACAAGGUCUUGAUCCAGCUGAAAAGGAUGAAUCUUUAAAAAAGAAAUUAGAUGAAAAUAAGGAAAAAGCAUAUAAAAAAGAGACUGAACUUCUUAAUAAGUAUGCACAGAAACAGAACCAAUUACAUUUAGAACCUACAGAAAUCGAAGAGAAAGACGCAGAUAAUUCACCUGUGGAAAGCGAUGAUGAGAUCGACGAUGAUAGUGAUUUAUUAGACGAUAGUCAAAAAAGGAGGGAUCGUUUACAAAGACUUUUGGAUGAAAAGGAAUCAAGGAAAAUAAAUUUAAGCAAUACGGAGCAGCAGGGAGAUAAUAAGAAUGGACCAGAAACGGAAUCUUUGUUAAUUGAGAGUAAAGAAAAUGAAGUAGAAACAAUACAUGAAGAAAAUCAAGAUAUUAUUGACGUGGAGAAAAGUAAACAAAUAGAUGAUAAAAUGGAAGCAGAAAUCGAUUAUGAGGGACGAAAUUUAGUGGAAAAAAUUAAUAUCACUACUAAUGUUGGAUGCACAAGUGAUGUUAUAAAUGCAGAUGAUUUUAACAAAGAACAAAUAUUGUUAGACGACGUUGAAGAAAUCGAGGAUAACGAAAUUGUAGAAGAAAUUGAUAUUUCCCCUGAAACUGCAGUUGUCGAUUUGGUGUCUAAUAUUAAUGAAGAGGAGAAUAUUCAACUUUUGUGUGAUGACUUUUAUGGGGAUGAACUUAAUCUUCUUGAGAAGUUAAAUUCAGGAAACGAAACAUCUUCGCCUGAUCCUUCAGACCUUGAAGAUUCACCUAUAGCUAUAUCGGAUAGCUUCGAUUCAAACAGUGAGUCGGAAAACUAUGAGACUUAUGAUGUUAUAAGUAUAGGAAAUUCCAGUUGUUCCGAGACUGAAACAAAUACUGUCGAAAAUAAUACAAAUAAUUCAGUGCAAAAUAAAAAUACGUCUCAGGAAAAUAAUGCUACAGUAUCUGAAAACACUGUUACAUGUGAUUUGUCUAACAAAAUUAUAAAUAAACGAAAUAUAGAGCCUGACAGAAGAAGAACAAUUUCUGUUAAAGAUAUAACACCAAGUGAGGAUGAAUCUGAAAAUAUACUUUUAGCUUAUUCUGAAGAUGAAGAAUUCUCUAAAUGUAUCAAUCUUCAAGAUAAUUCGCUAACGAUAGGAGAAACGAUGGUAGGUGUAGCUAAAAAAUCAGAUAUGAGCAAAGAUGUAGAACCAUACAAAUGUGAUGAAGUAAUUUCUAAAGAUGAUAAGAUCAUAUCGACCACAACUCAAACAAACACAAUUAUAGAAACAGUUAGAUUUGAGAAUAACGAGAACAAACAAGUAGAGAUAAAUAAUUACAGUGAAAGUAUAAUCAGAGAUAGAGAUGACACUAUUACAACUAGUGAAAAAUUAGUUGAGGAAUCAAUUUGCAGCGAUGUUACAAACGAAACUGGCGAUAAUGAAACAAAUGAAAAGAAAUCGAAUAAAAAUUCAAAUGAUUCACCAUUUUUAUCCAAAAUGAGUAAAAAAACUAAUAAAGAUUUCAGCAAUACUAGUAAUGAGAAUAAAAAAAUGGAAAUCGAUUCAGUACUAUCUGAAAAUGCUAAUGAUUGCGAUCAUAACGUUCCAACAACGAAGGAAACCGGUGAGGAUAUGAUAAGAUUGGAAGCUUGUAAUGAACAAAUCCCUUUGGAAGUGAGAGAAGAAGCAACAGUUCCUAGUUCAAAAAUACUGGAAGGAAGUGGUGAUCCCAUAACUCCAGAUGUCAAUCGGGAACCAAAGAUACUGGAUAAAAGUUGGGAAUCAGUUUUACUGGAAGACAAUAGCGAAACAAAAACACUUGAAGAAAUUGGUGAAACAGUAACACUGGAAAGUGGUCGCGAAUCGACACUGAAUAAAAGUUGGGAAACAUUGUUACUGGAAGAUAGUAUGGAAGGAGAAACAAAUAAAGAAAACGGAGAAUCAAAAACACCGGAAGAGAGAGGGGAGAUAAUGAACCAAAGAACUAGCGAAGAUCAAAAAAAACUGGCAAUGAAUGAAGAACCUAUAACAUUUGACGAGGACGUAGAACCAGUAACAGUGGAAGUGGGUGAAGAACCAAAGUCAGGGGAAGACGACACAGAUACAAUGUCACCAUGCACUCUGGAAAAGCCAGAACCUUCUACGAGCGGGGUAAAUAACAAUACAGAUUAACCUACUCGAAAAAAAUAGUGGGGUCUUUAGCGUGGCGUAACAUACGAUAGUGGCCUCUAAGGAACAACAUUUAUACGUAAAUCGGGGAAAAAAGAACAUAAACAUGAGAAAAUAAGCCUAAAGCACAAGAAAUCAAUGCCCAGUACUUUGUUUCAUUUCACACAAAUGUACUAAUUUAUUAAACUCAUGUCUCAAUCCAGUUUUGCUUGAGUGGCUGCUGAAAAUCAACACCUGGAACCCACGAAGAAGACUUUGCAGAUUAAUAAACGCGAUUGUAUCAAAAAAGUAAAGAACAUAGAAAGGUUUUGAUUUAUAUUUAUGUAUAACCUAUAAUUCUUAAGUGACAGCAUUAUUAAAGAAAAAAAUGUGAUAAAAAAAUCAAUAGAAAGUAUUAGGCUUUAAAAAAAGGUAAAUUGCACGUCGGUCAUAGAAGUUUUUAAAUCAUAACUUAAUUUUAAAAAGCUAUAUUUUAAAUUAAUUAUGCAAAGAGAAGUAAAUUUUUGUCGCAUGUUUCAUAUUUUCUUCUUUUAAACUUCUAGAAAGGAAAUUAUUCCAAUACAUUGCUUGUUGCUCUUAGAAAUUCAUACCGAAAUAUUAAAAAUAUGAAUAA